UCUAUUUCUAGCAAGAUGCCAGCCCACAGUGUCCCACCGCACACAUCCCGUGACCAUACUCCCACUCUCACACUCUCGCGUGUUUCUCACUCUUCGUCACUUCCAACAAAACCCCUUCAACUCAACACUUUACUUCACUCUCUCUGUCUUUGUUUUGGUUUCUCAGUUUCUACAAUGUCUUCGUUUUCUCUUACGUUUCUCACAUUAUUAUCGUUCUUUUGUUUCUGCGUUAACGCGCGUCUAACGUUGGACUUCUACAAGGACACGUGUCCGCAGUUCGCGCAGAUCAUCCGCGACACGGUGACGGCGAAGCAGAUCGCGAGUCCCACCACGGCGCCCGCCACAAUCCGCCUCUUCCUCCACGACUGCCUCCUCCCAAAUGGCUGCGACGCCUCCAUCCUCCUCUCCUCCACGGCGUUCAACAAGGCGGAGCGCGACGCCGACAUCAACCUCUCCCUCCCCGGCGACGCCUUCGACCUCGUCGUCCGCGCCAAGACCGCCCUCGAACUGGCCUGCCCCAACACCGUCUCCUGCGCCGACAUCCUCUCCGCCUCCACCCGCGACCUCCUGACCAUGCUCGGCGGCCCCUUCUACCCCGUUUUCCUCGGGCGUCGUGACGGCCGCUUCUCCUCCGCCGCCUCCGUCCCCAACCACCUCCCCACUCCAUCCAUGCCCAUGUCCCAAAUCACGGAAAUCUUCACCCGGCGCGGGUUCUCCGUGGAGGAGUUCGUCGCUCUGAGUGGGGCCCACACCGUGGGAUUCUCCCACUGCUCCGAAUUCGUCAGCAACCUCUCGAACUCGUCUUCUUCCUACAACCCUCGUUUUUCUGAAGCUUUAUCCAAAGCUUGCGCCGAUUACAGAACCAACCCUACCCUUUCCGUCUUCAAUGACAUCAUGACUCCCAACAAGUUCGACAAUGUGUACUUCCAGAACCUUCCUAAGGGUUUGGGCGUGCUGAAAUCCGAUCACGGCUUGUACAGUGACCCUGUUACGAGACCAUUCGUGGAGGGCUUCGCCAAGGAUCAAGCUAGGUUCUUUAGGGUUUUUGCCUCCGCGAUGCAGAAGCUGAGUCUCCUCAAUGUGCAGACGGGGAGAAAGGGGGAGAUCCGACGCAGGUGUGAUCAGAUUAAUUGAUUCUUUCUUCUUUUUGGAAGCUGUUGAUGAUUUGAUGAGAUAAGAUCUUUUGAUUUAAGAUGAGAAUGAGAAUGAAAAUGAAACCUCUGUUGUGCAUGAAUUUGAUGUUUUUGAGGUUGAUUAUACAUACAUAGAUUUCGGUUGUGUGAGGUGAGGAAAUGGUGGAAUGGAGUAAUUGUUGUUGAUCUUGGAUAGAUGAAUCUGAGUUAUGGUUUUUGAAUGUAAUAUUAUAAGAUUUAAUUAAUAAAGUUUCUCAUUUUAAUCUGUUUUCUCA